GGCCCAGAAGAGACUCUUGUGUCUUCUUCCCUCACCAGGCCGGACUACUGUAGAGGCAACGCUUCCUGGGACCUGGGGCCCAGCCGAGCACGCCCUUCUGCCUCGUGCUCCCGCGUUGCCUGCCCUUGGCGUCUUGCCCCACCAUUUCCAAACCAGUUCCUGGAUGAGCUGAAGCCUCCUUUCACACCAGGGCCCAGCCCCACCCCCACUGGUCCAGAGCGGCCCACUCUUACCGGAGAGUGAUGGAAGGGCCUCUUGAGGCGGGGGAUGCGUCGUCCCCAGACUCCCAGGGCCUUGCCGCAGACAGGAGGCUUGCAGUGGGCAGUUUCAGGAACACCCAGAAGGAGGAGCCUGCUCCCCAGAUACAGGCUUCAAGACCAGCAGUGGGGGCAACCCAAGGCAGAGGACUACAGGGAGGAGGUUCCUUGUCCAAAAAGCCUAACUCACGUCCAGAACAAAGGGCUGCAGAUGGGUCAGGGGACUGCCAGGGGAGCAUGUUGGGAGGCCCGCCAGUCCAGUCAGAGGAGCCAGCCUUCUCUGGAGUGGAAAACCUCUUGUGUCCUAUGUCCUCUCACCUCAGCCUGACACAGGAUGACCAUGACUAUGAAGGGGGAGGCUUGGUAGGGGACCCAGGUCCAGGCAAGGAACAGCCAGCUGGCCUUAGCCCUUUAUCAGAGAUGUCACCAAAGCUACUGGAGGCAGACCCUAGUGGAUCCAGCUUCCCUAAGCCUGCUGACUGCCUCCUGACCCAAGACCUCACCUGGGAGCUACUGGCCAGUGGCAUGGCUGCCCUUCCAGGGACACGUGAUGCAGAAGGCCGAGCAGUGCUGCUUCUGUGUGCCCACAGCCCUGCUUGGCUUCAUCCCAGAUGCAGUAGCCAUGAACUUCUGAGUCUCUUGUUCUACCUGCGAGGCAUCCUCAGGUCGGAAGUACGGGCCCUGGGACUGACCGUACUAGUUGAUGCCCGAAUUUGUUACCCGAGCUCGUCUCUCAUCCAGGGCCUCAGCCAGCUGCAACAAGCAGCCCCAGGAUCUGUGCACCAAGUGCUGCUAGUUGGCAAGAUGCCAGAGGAAAUGCCUACGGGGCUUCAGUUCAGUCAGCUGCCCUCUCACCAGAGCCUGCUGGCCCACAUUCCUGACGUGGGGUUGCCUACGUCACUAGGAGGAUGCCUGCCUUACAGCCACUGGGCCUGGCUGGAUUUCUGGAUGCGUCUAGAAACCCUGCAGCAGAAUUGCCAGGAGACUUGUGCCCUGCUCCAGGGGGUCAUUGACAGUGUGCGGGCCCUGCAGCAGCCAGUGGAGUCUGGAGACGCUGGUCAGCUGCUGCAGCAGGCACAGUCGCUCAUGCGGCGGGUGCUGGAGUCACCACAGUUGUCAUGGUUGCAAAACCAGGGAAGCCUGGAGCUGGCACGGCUGAAGCAGGGGAUGCCAGAGGUGACCCUGAGCCCCGAUUACAGGUCUGCAGUCGACAAGGCCGAUGAGCUGUAUGGUCAAGUGGAUGGACUGCUGCAUCAGCUAACUCUGCAGAGCAACCAGCGAAUGCAGGCCCUAGAGCUCCUCCAGAUACUGGAAGCCCAGGAGGGCGGGCUGCAUCAGGUUGAAGUGUGGCUACAGGAGGUGGGCUGGCCAGGACUGGAGGAACCAGGGGAGCCCUCGCUGGACAUGUUGCUCCAGGCCCAAGGCCCUUUUCAAGAGCUAGACCAAGUUGCCCAGGAACAGGUCAAGCAAGGAGAGAAGUUACUGCAGCCACUGGUUGGCUGGGAAGCUGCUGAACUGGGGCUCCCUGGAAAGCGCUUUCUGACCCUGAGAUCCCAGCUGACAGAAUUUUCCAGAGCUUUGGCCCAGCGGCGCCAGCGGUUGGCAGAUGCUGAGAAGCUGUUUCAGUUCUUCAAGCAGGCCACAGCAUGGACUGCGGAGGGGCGGCGGGUACUGACAGAGCUGGAGCAGGAGCACCCAGGGCUUGUGCUGCAGCGGCUGCAGCUGCACUGGACCAGACAUCCUGACUUGCCCCCUGCCCACUUCCGGAAAAUGUGGGCUCUUGCCACAGGCCUAGGCUCAGAAGGCAUCCGCCAGGAAUGCCGAUGGGCCUGGGCCCAGUGCCAGGACACCUGGCUGGCUCUGGAUCAGAAGCGUGAGGCUGCACUGAAGCCACCAUCAACAAACAGCACAGCUACAUUGUGUGUCAGUCGGGCUCCUGCUGUACCCACCAUCCCUCCACUGAGGAAGGCCUACAGCUUUGAUCGGAAUCUGGGGCGUGCCCACCAUGGCCACUGUGCAGCAGUUACUGACUCCCACAGACCUGAGGCUGAAGAAGGUGUCUGGCCCAGGUCAUCCCCUUCUGUGCCUCUAUCAGGCAGCUCUGACUUCAGGAACCCCAACAGGCUGCAGCUAGUUUUGGCAGAGAUGGUGGCCACAGAGCGUGAGUAUGUCCGGGCCCUUGACUACACCAUGCAGAACUACUUCCCUGAGCUAGAUCGACCUGAUGUACCCCAGGGCCUCCGUGGCCAGCGUGCCCACCUCUUUGGCAACCUUGAAAAGCUUCGGGAUUUCCACUAUCAUUUCUUCCUGCGUGAGCUAGAGGCUUGUACCCAGCACCCACCUCGAGUGGCUUAUGCUUUCCUGCGCCAUAGGGUGCAGUUUGGGAUGUAUGCACUCUACAGCAAGAAUAAACCUCGUUCUGAUGCCUUGAUGAGCAGCUAUGGUCACACCUUCUUCAAGGAGAAGCAGCAAGCACUGGGAGAUCACCUGGAUUUGGCUUCCUACCUACUAAAGCCAAUCCAGCGCAUGAGCAAAUAUGCCUUACUACUGCAGGAGCUGGCAAGGGCCUGUGGGGGCCCAGCACAGGAGCUGGGUGCUCUUCAGGCAGCCCAGAGUCUCGUGCACUUCCAGCUGAGACAUGGCAAUGACCUGCUAGCCAUGGAUGCCAUCCAGGGCUGUGAUGUUAACCUCAAGGAACAGGGGCAGUUGGUACGACAAGAUGAGUUCACAGUGCGGGCUGGGCGCCACAAGUCCUGUCGCCGUGUUUUUCUCUUUGAGGAGCUGCUGCUCUUCAGCAAGCCUCGGCGUGGGCCUGCAGGUGUUGACAUAUUUACCUACAAGCGUUCCUUCAAAAUGGCGGACCUUGGCCUCACUGAAUGCUGUGGGGAAAGCAAACUGCGAUUUGAGAUCUGGUUCCGUCGACGCAAGGCCAGGGACCUGUUUGUACUGCAGGCCUCCAAUGUGGCCACCAAACAAGCCUGGACAGCUGAUAUCUCCCGCCUGCUCUGGAGGCAGGCUAUCCACAACAAGGAAGUGCGCAUGGCUGAGAUGGCAUCCAUGGGCGUGGGGAACAAGGCCUUCUGGGACAUUGCCCCCAGUGAGGAAGCUAUCAAUGACCGUAACAUCAACUAUGUCCUGAAGAGACGAGAUGUUCGCUCCAGGGCCUCCAUUGCUGUGGCCCCCUUUGACUCUGACAACCCCUAUCUGGGUGCCUUGGGCUCCCUUCCUGGAGACCGUGCCUCUUGCUCUGUUCUGGGGUCUCUCAAUCUGCACCUGUACAGAGAUCCAGCUCUUCUGGGUGUUCACUGCUCCCUGUAUCCACCCAACUUCCCAGAGGAAGCAGCACUGGAAGCAGAAGCAGAGUUGGGCAGCCAGCCCUCUUUAACUCCUGAGGACUCAGAGGUCUCAUCCCAGUGCCCAUCAGCCAGUGGCUCUAGCAGUUCCGACAGCAGCUGUGUGUCAGGGCAGACCCUGGGCAGAGGCCUUGAAGACUUGUCCUAUGUUUGAGUCCGGCUUGAAGAUGGAACAGUAGCUACAGCAGCCAGAAACUCCAAGGAAUACCACACCUCUGAAUCUUCUAUAACCAGUGAAUGGCUGGCCCCUGGGCCAUCUGUGUUCCCACCCCUCAUAUCCAAUAGGAAUAGCCUUGUUGACUAUCCUUUCUGAUGUCUGUAGUCACCUACUGACUGGCCUGCAGCCUUUCCAAGGGCAUCUGGCUUCAAAGCCUAGAUAAGCACCUUGAUCCCAAGCUCCUGGGAUCCUUCUCCUCUCCCCUCCCUACUUGUAAGUUAAGGAUAGGAUGGGCAGAAGUUGAGUGUUUCCAAACUCUAGGCUAUUAUCAUGAGGGACACAAGUGGGUUCCCAGCAGCUGCUCCUCAGCCCUUGCACUUAAUGCUGAUCUCUCCAAACAAACACAGGGCUAGCCUGCCCCAUAUAUAGGCCCCUAUUCUUGAAUUUGUUGGCUUCCCAUCUCUAGCCUCUUGUUUUUUUGGGCCAUCUUGGGCAUUUGACUUGAUGCUUUUUGAACAGCUUUCAAUUAGACUUAUCUACUGGUUUCACUGGUUAUUGAUGCUCAGUCUUCUCAGAGAAGGAGUCCAGGCAUUUGUCUUGUGGUUUACUCUUUUAUUUGUUUAUAAUAAAAAAUAGAGUGAUUUGUA